GGCUGCAACAACUAAUCGAUAAAAUCGAUAAUAAUCGAUUAUGAAAAUCGUUGUCAACGAAUGUCAUUGUCGAUUAGUUGGUCUGCUCACGUCACGGGGAGCGUUACUGAUGACGUCACUUUCAUGACAACAGUCACACGCGAAAUGGCAGAGAGUAAUGUUAAUCGGAGAGAAAUGACAGAUCAAUCGGCGGCAGAAAAAAGUGUGCGCCCCAAGUCAUCUAAGGCAUGGGAGCAUUUUACAUUAAAUGCAGCAAAUAAGACUGUAAUCUGCAAGUUAUGCAAAGCUGAGCUUGUGUGGCAUGGAAGUACUACAGUGAUGCACGAACACAUGAAGAGGAAACACGUUGUCACGGAUGAAGGGUGAAACAUCAGCACGAAAGAAACAGCUCACCAUGAGUGAAUUUGUUCAGAGGAGAAAUCCCCCAUGCACUCCUCAACAAGCAGCCAUUGUAACAGAUGUCAUACUUAAUAUGUUGGUAACUGACAUGCGGCCAAUGUCAAUGGUGGAAGAUGAAGGAUUCAAAAAAAUGGUAGGCACACUCAACCCAGGAUACAUUCUUCCCUCAAGGACCCACUUCACAAAAUUAAUGGAGAGGAAGUAUCAGGAGGCAUUCCAAAAAAUUAAGAGUGCUAUAAACACCACCAACAGUAGAAUGGCUUUAACUACUGAUAUAUGGACAAGUGUUGCCACUGAAGCUUACCUUGGCAUUACAUGCCAUUACAUUGGGAAUGACUGGAAGAUGACAUCUGUCUGCCUUACCACCAUGCCACUCGAAGACAGACAUACCUCAACCAACAUUGCAGAGUGGUUGGAAGAAGUAGCAGUCAAGUUUGAAAUCCCUUCUGAGAAAAUUUGUGCCAUUGUACAUGACAAUGGUGCUAACAUUGUGGCCGCUGCAAAAUUACUGGAGGAGAAACAUGGGUGGAGCAGUAUACGCUGCACUGGCCACACCUUACAGUUGGUGAUUAAUGCUGCAUUAAAGAACACAGGCAUUCAAAGAGCUGUUGGAGCUGCAAGAUGUCUUGUGGAGCAUUUCAAAAAAAGUGAGCAAGCCUGCAGCAAGCUGAAAGACAAACAGAAACAAAUGGGCACACCUGAGCAUAAGCUUGUUCAGGAUGUAAGUACUAGAUGGAACAGUACAUUCUACAUGAUUAACAGACUGAUUGAACAGAGGUGGCCUGUAACUGCAACUCUAUCUGACCCAUCCCUCACUCACAGAGACAAACGCUAUCUUGACUUGAAACCAGACCAGUGGAGUCUGCUUGAAGAGCUUUGCACUGCUCUUAAGUCAUUUGAAUGUGCCACUGUUUUUAUGAGUGGGCAGGAAUAUAUAACAGUCUCUUCAUUGCCUCCACUUGUGAAAGGGCUCUUGAAGUCCACUGAAGGUGCUGCCUACGAUUCAGCUUCAGUGAAGUCCUUCCAAGUCACAGCAUUUGAGCAGCUUCAAAACAGAUGGAAGGAAACACUCUUUGAUCAGGUAGAUAAUCCUGUGGUUCUCUCCUCUGCUCUGGACCCAAGGUUCAGAAGACUGAAAUUUCUGUCACCUGAGCAAAUUAUAACUGUUCAAGCUAAAGUGCAAGCUAAAGCACUUGCAGCAAGAAGGGAGAUGGUGCAACAGCAAAUUACCACCUCAACCAUAAGAACUGCAGCUGAACCUUCAACAUCUUUGCUUGACUCACUCCUUGAGUCUGGAGGCAGCAGUGAUGAAGAGAGCAGAGAGGAGAAAGCUGAGGAGGACCUCAACACUCAAAUAAGAAAUGAAGUCCUGGCUUACUUUGGUGAGAGGCCCCUAGCCAAGGAAGAAAAUCCUUUGGAUUGGUGGAGAGAUAAUAAAGAUAAAUAUCCCACUUUGGCAAAAUUAGCUAAAUCCUACUUGUGUAUCCCAAGCUCCUCAACACCAUCUGAACGUCUGUUUUCCGCUGCAGGUAACAUAGCUUCCAAAAAGAGAGCCAGCCUCAGCCCGGAGCAUGUGGACAUGCUGACAUUUUUGAUUCCAAUUCAAAGUUUUGGAAGAGUGAAUAAGAAACAUGUUCUUAUGAACAACACUGAACAGUGACAGUUUUCCUCUUCUUCUGCAUUCUACCUCUGUAUCAAACAGUAACGUUUGUUUGUUUAUUAUUUAUAAUUUUGAUAUUUCAACAAAAUACGCUGCUUAAUAUAUUAUUACAAACAUCUUUGUGUCCUAAUUUCAUAAUGUGAAGUUUAUAUGAACAGCACAACUCAAUAUUUUGUUUGGUUUAUUUAUAUUUUGGAUAUUUAAAGAAGUUUUAUUGUUUAAAAACUGGACAAACUUUUGUGUUUUAGGUUUUAAAAUGUAAAAAUUAAAGAUUAUA